AUGUCGCCCGCCAUCCUGGACGCGCUGCCGGAGGAAGACCUGGUGCUCCUGGAAGUCCAAGCAGAUGCGAACAACCGAGGACCAGUCCCUGAGUGGCUUUAUGAAGCUGUGCGAGAUCCCAGCUUCGUGGUGGCACAGAAGGUGCACGGGAACCGGAUCUCGGUCAUCGUGGGGGCAUCCUUUUUGCAGAAGGCCAGGAACGCUUGGAUGAUGUCGGAUCAGAAGGUGGUGCAUCAGCACUUGAGCGGCACGCAGCGCCGGCAGUUUGACCCCAAUCAACUGGAGCAGCACGCGCCUGAAGCAGUGGUGCCUAAAGCAGUGGUGCCUGAAGAAGUGGUGCCUGAAGAAGUGGUUCCUGAAGCAGUGGUGCCUGAAGCAGUGGUUCCUGAAGCAGUGGUGCCUGAAGCAGUGGUGCCUGAAGCAGUGGAAGGCUCUCCAGAAAAGGAGGAAGAGUAUGGCCGUGCUGCCAAAAAAACGAAAGAAGAAGGCUUCAAGAGAGGCCUCUUCUGA